AUGCGCCACCAGCUCCCUGCUUGAGAGAGACUAGAGGCGUCAUCAGGUGAUGUCUGACAUGUAUGGGUGAGGAGAGAAGUGGCCAGGUGGGCUUGGCUUACUGGCUUAUCUAGUUGGAUAAAUGGUGAUUCAUUCACUGGAGGGAAUGCCAGAUCCUGGAAACAAGGUCCAGUUUGCAAUGUUGAUUUUAAGAUGAUUUUGAGAUAGAAGAUGUUAGGCAGAUGGCUAGAUGUUUAAAACUGGAAUCAAAUGUUUGAAUUUGUAAAUCAACUUAAGAAGUAGAAGAUGGGGGGGGCCCCCAUUCACCAAAUCAUCUACAUUUGAGUAAUUUAAAUUUGUUAACAAGGAUAUAAUUGGGGUAGUAAGAUUAGUCUCUUCUAAAACCCACGCUUUUCACCUUUUACUUUGGCUUUAUAUUUAAAUCUUUCACCUGAGUUAAAGGUGGUUAGCAAGUUAUGUUCCUUUGUUUUAUAUGACUUAAAAGACAGACGGCAAGUAAGCAUUCCAAGAUUAAAUAUGUAAAAUGUUCUUCCCAAAGUAUGUAAAAUCUCUGAAUUCAUGCUGCUGGAUUUUAAGGCCUAUAAAACAUAGUGCCUAGAGACCAAGUUUAUUGCUAAUUCAGGAAAACUGUUCUUCAGACUAUUUAUCAAGAUUUGUCCCAGUAGUAAUUGUCAAGGUCACUGCAGAUCUUAUUGGACUGUGUUCUUCAUUUGACCACAGUGUUCCUCUAAACUGUGGCUAUUUCUCUCUUUUUUUUUCCUUUCUGUUUUCAUAUAGACCAGAAAAUACCUUCACCCCAUGGAAUCUGAAAUGCGAGAAAUGCUGUGAAAGCGUAUCUCAACGGGCAGCAAUAUAGCGUGAUAGUCAUGAGCACAGAUUCCAGAAUCAAAUGUGAGCUUUAGUGGAAAGCUCCUUGCAAGCUGUACAGCGUUGGAUACAUUCUUUAAUACAAAAUUCAUGCUUACAGAGUAAAAAUGGCAGGCUUCCUAGAUAAUUUCCGAUGGCCAGAAUGUGAAUGUAUUGACUGGAGUGAGAAAAGAAAUGCUGUGGCUUCUGUGGUGGCAGGCAUAUUGUUUUUUACAGGUUGGUGGAUCAUGAUUGAUGCAGCAGUGGUAUAUCCACGAGAAUUAAACCAUGCUUUUCACACAUGUGGUGUAUUUUCCACGUUGGCUUUCUUCAUGAUAAAUGCUGUGUCCAAUGCUCAGGUGAGAGGUGACAGCUAUGAAAGCGGCUGUUUAGGAAGAACAGGUGCUCGCGUUUGGCUCUUCAUUGGUUUCAUGUUGAUGUUUGGGUCGCUUAUUGCUUCCAUGUGGAUUCUUUUUGGUGCAUAUGUUACCCAAAAUACUGAUGUUUAUCCUGGACUAGCUGUGUUUUUCCAAAAUGCUCUUAUAUUUUUUAGUACUCUCAUCUAUAAGUUUGGAAGAACGGAAGAGCUCUGGACCUGAGAUUCCUUCUUGCAUCACAUUUUCCCUUUGUUCGAUUGUAUUUGUAGAUACAUUUUUAUCUCUCGGUAUAAGUUACACAUUGCCAAAUGAAAAUGAUUGUACAUGAGAUGUUUUGUUUCUUUGCACUUUUAUGCCCUGAGUUUUGAGAUUGUUUCAUGAAAUUCAUCUUUGUCAUGACUAGGCUGUUAAUAUGUACAUAAUAGAUGAUAUACAGACUGGAAGAUGAGUAUCGAGUUUUAUUCCUGAGACUUAAAGCUUGAUCAUCUGUUCCCUGAGCCAGGGUCAUGCCAUUGUGCUGUUUCAGAGGUAAAGUCUCCGUAUUUCUAAUGUGAAGAUGUACCAGAAAUGUAGUGCCCUGUGACUAGAAUAAGCACUGAGCUCUUAAAGUAAUUCUGCAAGCUGUAGUUUAUUUUGGCUUAAAAAUGAGAUUUUUUAAAGAGAAAAAUAUAUGUAUUAAGGGAAUGGACUUUUUUAUGUAGUUUUUUAAAUGCCCAAAGGACUAGUUUGAAAGCCUCUUUUU